AGUGACGUUUUUGCAUGGUAGGGAAGGUUUUUGAUUGUGUAUUCAUUUCGGUAAAUCGCCAAAUAAAUUUUAUAAAAAUAUAAAUUUAAAUGAUUAGAACAUCUUUAAUGGAAAACGAUGCAAUGCUACUUAACACUAGCAUGGAAGUAACUGGAUCUCAAAUAAACACUUCUAACUUUCAUCGCUCGCAGUCCUCUCUCUCAAAUGAAGGCGAUUUAUCAUUUUCAUCAUCAAUAGAUCAAGAACUGGAUGCACUUAUAUUAGGCGAUGAGCUACCCGCGUUUGAAAUUAGACUUGUUUCGCCCCUUGCACGUACACCUUCGCCAAUAGAUACCAAUGAAGUAGAUUUUCGAACACCAACUCGGCUCCCUCAGUUAGAUUGUGAUUCUACCGCCAGUGAAUGCUUAAAUUCGGAUUUUGUAACUCUUGAAGAAAUCAACUCGCUUAUAAGUCCCCCUGCUAAUGAUAAAGAAUGCACUGCGGACGUAAGACGUUGUAAUAGCCUCGAGACAAUAUUUGAAGGAGUGUUCUUAAACACACCGCCAAAAGCAGGUGUACGGUAUGUUAAUACAACGCGGGAAAAUCUUUUCGAAAAAUUAAUUAUUAAUCGGAUGUUUAGUACUAAGGAAAAUCAAGUUCCAAAUGUUGGUGCAGUUAAUGAAGUUAAAAAACUCUAAAUACUUCCACCCAAGUGAGGACAUUCCUUAAAACAAUAUAAAGUAGAUAAAAUUAUUGUUAUAAUGUUAGCAGAAGCUGUACAAAAUGAAGAAUUAAAAUAUAAUAUUAUGCUACAUCUUUAAAAUGUAAUAACAAAAUAUUCGAAGAUAAAUUAAUUAAUCGUACUUUAGUACUAAAAUAUUAAACAAACAAAAAAAAUGCCUUAAAUUUUGUAUUAUACAUUAAUGUAUAAAUUUUAAAUGUAAAGUGUUAUAAAAUUUGUAAACGUUAAGCCAAAUUCUGGCAAAAAACUUACAUUGCGAAUGGUGCCAUAAAGUAUUAACAACUCUUAUUGCGCCCAAAAUUAAAUAAGCUUUUUUAAUAUUAUUUUCUUUUCAAUAAAACUGAUCUUCAUCUUUAAAAGAA